GACCAGAACCUCCACUCCUCGACAACGCUGGACAAUACUGGAGAGAUUAACCCUUGAAGCUUAACUCGACAUAUGCGUAAUUCAAGGACUUCUUGGAGACCAUUCCCCAUACAUGACUUACCCAACGAGAUCAUCGACCGCAUCUUGACCCUUUCCAUACCCAAAGAACUCACGGACCCCAUGCUUGGCUCAGGCGAAGCUUUCCGUGCCUUCCUGGAGCGAACUGGCGUACGCGACUACCCUCGCCUUCUCAAUCAAGUAUGUCGGAAAUGGCGCACUAUGGUCAACAACAACGCCACCCUGUGGUCGUACAUCUUUGUCUGUGCGGUUGACACCGACGGAUAUGGCUACUUUCCCGAGCACUACGAGCAGCCGCUGGCGCUGUCGAAGGGCAAACCACUUUCCCUCGUAUGCAUCCUCGGCAACAUGAGCAUCUCCGACGUGCUUUCCUCCCCACUCUUUGCGUCACACGCCUCUCGCAUGAGGAUGCUCUGCAUCCACGUUCUCGGCUUGGAAUAUACGGACCCAGUAUUCCCGCUCUUCGAGAAGAUAGCGACGCCCGCCCUCGAGGUGCUUCGUGUCUAUGAUACACAGGACAUGGACGAGUCCUGGGGAGACCACAGAGAAUGGAGAGGAAUUCUACACUGCGCCCCACGACUGUCAGAGCUCUCCCUCUCGGGCUUCCGACAUGGCCUGGAUAGCUUCGCCCUCACCCACGUGGUAGAAAAGGCGGGUAUAGAUUGGUCGCGCCUCACAGUCCUGUGUCUGCCCAAUAUACCCCGCCGAGCGUACGACCUCCUCUUCAUCGCCUCGACCAAUCCCCAACUACAGGUCUUCCGGUGCACCGUGUUCGGCGAGCCCGAGCUCGAGGAUUGCGAAGCUGAGUUUCAGGACCCUAUAAGUGACAGCGACGAUGACUGGUCGGAAGGGGACAGCGAAGAAGACUACACGGAGGAGGGUCGAUGGGAGGCAGCCGCGCGCAGACUUCGGCAAAUCACUCGACCUCAGAGGAGGGCAGCACAACAGGCCGUCAUGGGCCCGCACGUCCUUCUAAACCUUGUCGAACUGCAUGUCGCAGUUGACCACAACCUAGAGUACAGUUAUUCCUCGUGGCGCUGGAGCGGCAAGAUCGGCGAGCGAUGGGGGAUGGCAAGCUUCAUCGGCGGGCUCACCACCCCUGCGCUGACGACGCUCACCAUCUCUGCGCGGAGCGGUUUGGCACGUCGCGGCACCGAGGACGACUCCGACUACGUGUCCGGCUCGGAGAUUGACGCGCAGGAGAACAGGACGGAGCCCUUCGUACUCAAACCGCUGCUCGCUGCCUUGAUCAGGCGUUCGCGGUGUACCAUCCGUGACCUCUCCCUCACUCGGGUCUUCAUCUCGCUCCCGGAUUUAUUAUCCUCCAUCAAGCUCUGCCACCACAUCCGCUCCCUCCACCUGGCCGACCCCCUGCGCUUCAUGGGGAGCAGCCUCCUCCGCGGCCUCGGGACGCACACGACCAGGAAGGGCCACCUCAUCGCGCGCAAGCUCCGGCAUUUGGUCAUUGAACACAGGGAGCAGAGCGUCUUUGCCGGAUUCCCCAUCAGUGCCGUCCUUGACAUGGUUGACGCGCGCUGGCCUCGGGGAUGGGGACACGGCUCGGACGUGGCGUACGUGGAGGUCGUGCAUUGCCCGGGCAAUGAGUACGAGAGGGGGGUGCCAAAGGAGGUACUGCGUGCGCGUAUGCGCAGUAGACUUGAGAAGGCGAAGGCGCGGAAGGACUUGCAGCUGGUGAUUACAGAGCUGAAGCAGAGCGCGGCCGUGCGAAAAGAGAUCGCAAGUUGGGAUAGGAUGGAAACGUACAUGUGACGAGGGGGAGGCAUAUAUUAUAUCUCGCGAAGUGAACGCCGCCUGGAAGCUGAUACGGCAACAUAAAUUAGUGUGAGGGUGGUCAGUAUGUAUCAGACUUGUAACGGGCUAACAGUCCUGUCCUCCACCCGUGUCCGCGGAAUGGUCUAUGACUGCUUGUAGUCGCCAGCGGCGGCGCUAGAGUGUUGUUGUGAGCACCCAGCAGAACGUGAGGGUCGGGCGGGGACUUUGCUUACCGGACGGUAGUCAUGUUGUUGUAAACCUUGCGAUACGUGCCGAACUUU